AUGAAUAAACCUCGUUAAUUUAGAAUAUCUAAUGAGCAAUCCUAUCCUAUAAGUCCUCAUUUAUUUUGUACAAUAUGUAGAGAUGUUUUUUAUAAACCAUUGAGAGUAUCUUGUGGGUAGAUUAGUUAUAAUUAAUAAAUUAGGCAUACAUUUUGUGGAUCUUGUAUUUUAAAUUGGUUAUAAUAUAAAAGAACCUGUCCUGAAUGUAGAUAUCAUAUAAAUAGAAAUUUUUUAUCAGAAAAAGAUUUGUUUGCUGAAUCAAUGAUUUCAGAAGUUUAAAUAGAGUGUUUAAGAUGUGAAAAUUGGAGAGGACAUUUGAAGAAUUUUAAGAACCAUAUUACAAACUAAUGUUAAUUUGUGACUAAAUUUAUUGAUAUCUAGGAAGAUGUAAUAGAGAUAGAAGAUGACAAUUAAUUUAAAUCGCAUUCAAUUAACAUUGAGUUGGAAUCAUUGUAAUAAUGUUCCCAAAAAAAUUUUUAGCAGGAUAGUGAAAUUGAAGAAUAAAUAAUAUUAACAAAUUAAGUUAGUGAUAUUAUUUAUUAAAUUUCAUAUUAAAUUUGA